AUGUUGCCGGUCCAGCCGAAGGCGGUGGGAGAGUCCCGGGUACGGUACACUCACCUUCUGGUGCGCGUUGGAGAGUGCGAGGCGCUCCAUGUUGCCGGUCCAGCCGAAGGCGGUGGGAGAGUCCCGGGUACGGUACACUCACCUUCUGGUGCGCGUUGGAGAGUGCGAGGCGCUCCAUGUUGCCGGUCCAGCCGAAGGCGGUGGGAGAGUCCCGGGUACGGUACACUCACCUUCUGGUGCGCGUUGGAGAGUGCGAGGCGCUCCAUGUUGCCGGUCCAGCCGAAGGCGGUGGGAGAGUCCCGGGUACGGUACACUCACCUUCUGGUGCGCGUUGGAGAGUGCGAGGCGCUCCAUGUUGCCGGUCCAGCCGAAGGCGGUGGGAGAGUCCCGGGUACGGUACACUCACCUUCUGGUGCGCGUUGGAGAGUGCGAGGCGCUCCAUGUUGCCGGUCCAGCCGAAGGCGGUGGGAGAGUCCCGGGUACGGUACACUCACCUUCUGGUGCGCGUUGGAGAGUGCGAGGCGCUCCAUGUUGCCGGUCCAGCCGAAGGCGGUGGGAGAGUCCCGGGUACGGUACACUCACCUUCUGGUGCGCGUUGGAGAGUGCGAGGCGCUCCAUGUUGCCGGUCCAGCCGAAGGCGGUGGGAGAGUCCCGGGUACGGUACACUCACCUUCUGGUGCGCGUUGGAGAGUGCGAGGCGCUCCAUGUUGCCGGUCCAGCCGAAGGCGGUGGGAGAGUCCCGGGUACGGUACACUCACCUUCUGGUGCGCGUUGGAGAGUGCGAGGCGCUCCAUGUUGCCGGUCCAGCCGAAGGCGGUGGGAGAGUCCCGGGUACGGUACACUCACCUUCUGGUGCGCGUUGGAGAGUGCGAGGCGCUCCAUGUUGCCGGUCCAGCCGAAGGCGGUGGGAGAGUCCCGGGUACGGUACACUCACCUUCUGGUGCGCGUUGGAGAGUGCGAGGCGCUCCAUGUUGCCGGUCCAGCCGAAGGCGGUGGGAGAGUCCCGGGUACGGUACACUCACCUUCUGGUGCGCGUUGGAGAGUGCGAGGCGCUCCAUGUUGCCGGUCCAGCCGAAGGCGGUGGGAGAGUCCCGGGUACGGUACACUCACCUUCUGGUGCGCGUUGGAGAGUGCGAGGCGCUCCAUGUUGCCGGUCCAGCCGAAGGCGGUGGGAGAGUCCCGGGUACGGUACACUCACCUUCUGGUGCGCGUUGGAGAGUGCGAGGCGCUCCAUGUUGCCGGUCCAGCCGAAGGCGGUGGCGGCGAGGGCGGCGGGCGAGCGCGACAAGCGCCGCGACACGGUGCAGCGCGUGA